AUGAAUAUUAAGUUGACGCAAUAUUUUCUGCCUAAAAUCAAAUAGCAAUUCUAAUUUUGCACUAUAAAUAUUUAAAAACUAAAAAAUGAGAGAGGGGUAUUAUUAGAUGACUUAAAAUAAAGGGAUUUCAUCAGUAUUCAGUUGGUGAAGCUUGAUAAUAGAUUAAUGUAGCAGAUUAUACCAAUAUUAUUAUUUUUAGGUCCUUCUACAUCAAAACUAAAAGAAGGAUAAUUGAGAUAGUUGCUUAAAUCCUUUUUAUUUCCUGCUGGGGAUAUCCUAAUGAAACAUCAUUUAGAUAUCUAUGAUUUACAGUGA